AGCCGGAAGUGAGCGCGAGCGGUGAUUCCUGAGAUACGGAGCGAAGCGGCGAUCUGAAGUCAGAGGAGGAAAAAUAAGCAAAAAUAAUCAGAAUUUCUGUGUGAGGAUCUACAUCUAUUAGCGAGUCAUCAUGCCGAACAUGGAACAGCAUUUGUUUAACCUGAAGUUUGCAGCCAAAGAGCUGCAGCGAAACUCCAAAAAAUGCGACAAAGAGGAGAAAGCGGAGAAAGCCAAAGUCAAAAAGGCGAUUCAGAAGGGGAACAUGGAGGUAGCUCGGAUCCACGCUGAGAACGCCAUCAGACAGAAGACCCAGUCGGUGAAUUUUCUGAGAAUGAGCGCGAGAGUGGAUGCUGUGGCAGCGAGAGUGCAGACGGCAGUCACCAUGAACAAGGUCACCAAGUCCAUGGCGGGCGUGGUGAAAGGAAUGGACGCCACUCUGAAGGGCAUGAACCUGGAGAAGAUUUCAGGCCUGAUGGAAAAAUUCGAGCGGCAGUUUGAGACUCUGGACGUUCAGACACAACAUAUGGAGGACACCAUGAGCAGCACCACGACACUGACGACCCCGCAGAACCAAGUGGACUCCCUGAUGCACGAGAUGGCAGAUGAAGCAGGGUUGGAUCUCAACAUGGAGCUUCCACAGGGACAGACGGGAACGGUGGCUAGCAGUGUGGCGUCCACAGAACAGGAUGAGCUGUCUCAGAGGCUGGCUAAACUCAGAGACCAGAUUUAGGCCGAUCGACGAGUGGUGUGUGUGUGUGUGUGUGUGUGAAAGAAAGAAAGAGAGAACAGACAAAGAGAGAACUGUGUGUAUAUGAUUGUGUGUGUGUGUGUGUGUGUGUAUGUAGGGGGGCUUAGUCAUGUUUGAAACGAGUCGGAAGGCUUGAACGUUAUAAAGCUUCAUUUUUGUGGCUCGGUGUGUUUAAAGCUUUAAGCUCUGUGUUUAUUCUGAAGUUCGAAGUAACGAUUCAUUAAGUGAAAUCUUAAUUAACCUCAGUAUUGUAAGCAGGUUUGUGGUUCUGUCUGGACAAUUAAAGCUAAAAAGAACUAAAACCACAUCAAAUUUCUGAUUGAAAACUAAAAACAGAAUUUAAGUCCUCCCUUCCAAAACUCCCUCUAUCGACACAGAAGCUUAAAUGCAUUUAAACUCAACAGCCAAUCACCAAAGGCCAAACACUAUGGUGAGAGAAUGUGUAAAUAUUCAUCCUGGUUUUCAUUUCCGCUCGCUGAAGUCUCGAUAGUCAGGCUGCAUUUUUACCUGCAACAGAUUUUCAGCAUGCAGAUGAGAAGUGAAGUUCUGAAGCAGCGUCCUAUUUGUAAAUGAGUACAUGGACUGACCGGAGUAGGAGUGUGUGAUAUUAAAGUAAACAUGCUAUGAGACUAGAUUCAUGCUGUAUUACUCUAAACGGUGAAUAUCAUGCUGUAAAAUCAUGCUCGUGGUUUUUUUUUUUUCUGCUCCGUGCUCGAUUUGUAAAAAACUGAACUGUUUUCCAUGCCGGAAUCGAUGUGCCUUUAAUUGCGGUUGUGUCGGAGUCGUGUAUGUAUGAAAUCUCCGCUUCAGCACGCUCGCUCACGUCUCACACACACAACAAUAAAAAGCACUUCUGCAGCUCUGGAUUUAGAAUCAGGAGGAGUGGAUUUGUGACCCUUUGAUGCUGAUCCACCAUCAUAUCGCCCAGCUUAUGUAAGGAAAGCUCUUGCUAGCAUAACACUCUUGAAUGGUCUCACCUGAAUUUAGUUUCAGCUUUAAGGUCUUUAGCUUCAUGAGGAACUUUACAAACACACCUACCGGCAGUUUUGAGUGACAUCAAGUCAGAAUAAGAGGCUUUAAAGCAGAUAAUGAUCAGAGAUGGUGGAUAAAAUGCUCCUGAGCUUCGUUUCUGUAGAUGAUCGAUGAUGAUCACGUCUGAGAGCGAUCGGCUAAAGAUAAAGCUGCAAUGAGGUGGAAAAACGUCACUAAAAUUAUUUAUUUUCAUUUCCUGAUUAGGUUAGAUGCAAAUAAUCAUCCGAGACUUUCCAUUGUCUUGUGUUAUCGUACUGAAGUUACUUUGGAGGGACGAAUGGUGAACUGUUAAAAAACUGAAAUAAAUAUUUUAUAACAUUCACUACC